GGAAGAGCGUGCGGGGCUGCUUCUGUUGCGGAGCGGUGAACGCUUUGCAGAUGAGUGGCGCCCGUGUUGUGUUGGGGGCCGAGGCAACUUCCUCGAGAAGAAUGGCCCUGAGCAGGAGGGCAGCAGUGUUCAGACGAAAGGUGUUGGAGAAGCUCUUUCCUGCCCCUCCUCCGGACGUUGCCAUUUCAAGCACAGAAGGGAGCAGUGUCCUACAAAGCCCAGUUUCAGAGCAAGAAGGUUCUACCAAAGCAUCAGAAGUAAGUAAAGAGAGGAUGAUUCUGCCUCCGAGAAAAAUGUACACAGUAAAUCCUCCUCCUGAAGAUUAUGUACCAGUUGCUAACAGUGAAGUGAAUUAUGACAACUCUGAGAGUAAGGAUGACAAUGACAGCAAUACUUCAGAAGAGAAUUAUCAAGGGCAACCCAUGAAAAAGCGCCUUCGAAAAAAGAGAAGGAAGAAACAAAAGAAUGUUUUGCAAAACACUGAUAAUUCUCAUGAAGGCCAAGUGGAAUGUGGGAUUCAUGAAAACAUAACCGAAGAUAAUUUACAGCUGGAGCGUGCAGAUGGCCCAGCUUUAAGUCGAAACAAAAAGAGGAAAAUGAAAAAGAAACGGCAAAAAGCAAAGAUGAGAGCGUCUGGGUUGCUAUCAAAAUCAACUGCUAUAGAUUUCACAUAUAGACCUGAGAGGGAAGAAGGAACAAAUUUUGAAGAUGUGGACAAAAAAGCAGAUGAUAUUCUGGAUUUUUUGCAAGCAACACAAGAAUUAUAUUUUUCUGACAAGCUAUCAAAAUGUGAGGAAUCAUCAGUGAGUUCAGAAAUCAUUUAUGAGAUUUUACAGCGUCUUGGAUCUCAUCGCGUGGCUUCCUCAGACAUCACUCUGCUGCACCAGAUGAAAUCCCUUGUACUUCUGCAGGAUGUAGAAAGACUAAAGGGUGCCAUGGAAGAGUUCCAGAUGCAUUCAGCGAUGCCUCCUGAUGAUGCCAAGGCAAUUUCUUUGCUGUUUCUCUACUGGAUUACAGAUAUCCUUCCUGGGAAGAACAGGAAAUAAAGUUCAUGUGCACCUCCAUCUGUACAGAGUUUAAAUUUAAUACACAGACUUGGAAUUGAAUUUAGGAAGGUUCAGUGCUACUCGAGUGGGUUGCAAGUUCACCAAGACACCAGCCUUAAAAAAUAUAUAUGGAUGGCUUAGUCAAGUUAAUGAUCAAUUUUAGAAAGACUUUUAAUUUUAGUCCAUGAGGUUGAGAGGAAAAUAGAACUAAGUUUACUCUUUAAAGGGAGCUCCAGUUUAUUACUAUGGCCGUAUUAAUACAAAGAAGAACCAUGUACAUAAAAGGUAUUUCAUAACUACAAAAAAAAUUUGUGGCCUGGGAAAAAUGGAAGUUUUAUUUCCAACUACUGUUAUUCUUUGUUUACAUGAUGUCAGAAUGCAUUUUUUUGUA